AUGACUCUCGCAAUUCCAUCGCCUAUCCCUUGCAAAUUUGCUAUGGAUGUUGUCAUCGCAAAAUUGUCGCAAAUUUGCAAUAGAUUUGCGAGGAAUGUUAAUUUAUCUCGUAAAUUCCUCGCAAAUUUGCGGUGGACUUCUGAGGACCCACCCCCUCGCAAAUUUGCGAGGAAUUUGCUAGGAUUUUUAUCACAUCCAACAUGUCAUUGUUCUGUUGUUCACGAAGGCGAACAUGACUCUCACGGGUCUAUCAGGAGUUGGAACUACACAUAUGAUGGAAAGCCGGCCACGUUCAAAGAGAGGAGAGAGAUAGAUGAUGCGAACAAAACGUUGACGACAAGAGGACUGGAGGGUCACCUGAUGGAGGAUCUCAAAGUGUUUGACGUCGUCUACCAAUUUAUUCCCAAACCUGAGGAUAGCUGCGUCUGCAAAAUCACAAUGAUAUGGGAGAAGCGCAACGAUGACUUUGCCGAACCAAGCGGUCUCAUGAAGUUCGUCAAGAACAUGGUUGUUGACAUUGAGGGCCACGUCACCAAAGCUUAACCAUUAUCAUCACCGGCCAUGAUCACU